UAAUAUAUUAUUGUUGUAUAGAAUUUUCUUAUUCAAAUAUAAAAAACAAAAUACACCUGUUUUCUUGCUUGAUUUGGCAAUCGCGUAGAACCAGUAUAUUAUUUCUAAAUGAAACAGUCUAGCUAAAGAUCAAUGAAGCUCAUUUAGUUUAGAAUUGUUAAGUUUAUUUUUAAUCAGUUAUUUAUUUUUUUUUUGAAAAAUGUUUCGCGUUGAAGAAAUUCAUACUCAAGUAACUGACAAAAUUGUUAGUCAAGGUGUUUCAGAGCUAGUUAGAAUUUAUCCAUUAGAUGAUAUAGAUGAAACUGGUCUUCCAGAAACUUGGAAUUUUAAUGGAACAUGUAUGCCAAAGAUCUAUGCAAACCGGGCAAAAGAAUAUGCUAACUUUAAAGUUCGAGAAGAUGAUAUUUGGGUGGUUACAUAUCCAAAAUGUGGAACAACUUGGACACAAGAAAUGACUUGGAUGAUCGUGAAUGAUAUGGAUUUUAAUAAAUCAAAUUCAAAAGAUAUUACAGAAAGAAUUAUAUUUUUUGAAUUAAAUGGAAUGGUUGAACUAGAAUCAUGGGAUGCGUUCAAGGCUUUGGAGGAGCAAAAGUCACCACGAGUGAUCAAGACUCAUCUUCCAAUUAGUUUACUACCACGAGAUAUUUGGAAGAAAAAAUGCAAAAUAAUUUAUGUAACCAGAGAUCCAAAAGAUGUUGUUGUGUCGUUUUUUCAUCACUUUAUCGGUAUGACUCCAUAUACUGGAACAAUUGAAGAAUUCAUUGAAGGCUUUCUCACGGAUCAAUUUAUUUACUGCUCAUUCUGGUAUCAUGUAUUGGAAUUUUGGAUGAUUCGAAAAAGUGAAAAUGUCCUUUUUAUUACUUUUGAAGACAUGAAGAAAGAUCUAAGAACCGUUAUAGACAAGACAUGCUUAUUUCUUGAGAAGAAAUACAAGGAAGAAGAAAUCUCUAAAUUAAUAGAUCAUUUGUCUUUUGAAAAAAUGAAAGCCAAUCCUACAUGUAAUAACCAAGGCCUCGUAAAGUGUCUUUAUGGAAUCCUUGAAAGAGAGUAUAAAGACGAGACUGCUUUUCAAUUUAUGAGAAAAGGAAAAGUUGGAGGAUACAAAAAGGAACUCAGUCUUGAUUAUGUUCAGAAAAUCAACUUAAAAACGAGAGAGAUAUUCCUACCACAUGGUUUAAAUUUAUAUUGCAGAUAAAUAAAAUAUUACUGA